AUGUCUGUAUUCAUGCACGCUUCCGAGCCGGGAAAUUACCUUGCGGAUGUAUUCCCAAUCUUGCGACGGCUGCCUGACAUACUGGCCCCGUGGCGCAAGGAAGGGCGUCGGAUGCACGAGGAGAUGGGGCUCUGGGGAAAGCUACUGGAUGAGUGCAGCUCUGACAUAGCGAAGGGCAUCGCACGCACAGGAUUCGUAUCCGACUAUCUACGCGCGCGCGCAGAGGCCGGGCUCGGUGACCUGCCAGGAAACGGUGCUACAGACGACGGCGUUGGAUGGAUGCGCGACAAAUUCCUUGCAUAUACGGCUGCCUCGGUGCUCGAAGCAGGCUCAGACUCGAGCUCGACGGUGAUGUUCUCGUUCAUCCUGUUCAUGCUCAGCAAUCCAGACGCAUUGCAACGCGCUCGCGAAGAGAUGGACAGGGUGAUAGGACCAGAUCGGAUGCCUGGCUGGGAGGACGAGGAUAGGCUGCCCUGGCUUGUGGCCUGCAUCAAGGAGACCCUCCGUAUCCGACCGCCGUUCAUCUCAGGCCUACCACAUGUGGCGGAAGAGGACGACGUCUACAAUGGCUAUUUCAUCCCCAAAGGCUCAAUGGUGAUUGGUAACGUUUAUGGGAUUCAUAUGGACCCUGCUCGGUACCUCAACCCUUCGAUGUUCGAUCCUGAACGGUUCUACAACGCGGAUUCGGGACUGCAGUGGAACAGUGGUCCGGAUUCACAGAACCGUGCCAACUAUGUCUUCGGAUGGGGACGGCGGUUUUGCAUAGGCAAGCAUUUGGCGGAGGCGUCUGUGUUCAUCGUGCUCGCGAGGCUGGUGUGGGGAGUGGACUUUUACGCCCCAGCAGACUCCCACACGGGCAUGCCUAUCCUUCCGGAUGUGAAGGACGAGGCGUCGUGGACGGACGGAUUGGUGAGCGCACCAAAAAUCUUCUCUGUGGGCUUUAAGCCUCAGUCCGAGAAACACGCGGAGGUGAUCAGGAGGUCGUACGUGGAUGUACAGGCGGAGUGGGAGGCAAUGGGGCAGCCCGUCGACGUGCAAUAA